CUACUCUUCUCCUCGUUCUUCCACUUGUUCUAGUUCGUUCGUUGCUGUUGUUGAAGUUCAAGUAUGCACACGUCAUCCCGUGCCCUCCGUCGCGCUGCCGCAAAGGUUAAGCCUACUCUUACCCGCGGUGCACACAAGGAGAUCAAGUUCAGCAAUGACGGUCGUGCUAGCAUCCUCAAGGGUGUCGACAUUCUUGCUAAUGCUGUCAGCGUCACCCUCGGUCCAAAGGGUCGCAAUGUCAUCAUUGAGCAGAGCUUCGGUGGACCAAAAAUUACCAAGGAUGGAGUGACCGUCGCCAAAAGCAUUUCUCUCAAGGACAAAUUCGAGAACCUUGGCGCUCGUCUCGUCCAGGAUGUCGCACAAAAAACCAACGAAAUUGCUGGUGACGGUACUACCACUGCAACCGUCCUCGCUCGGGCCAUCUACGCCGAGGGCGUGAAAAAUGUCGCUGCAGGAUGCAACCCCAUGGACCUCCGUCGCGGUGCCCAAUCCGCCGUCCAAAAGGUCGUUCAGUUCCUCGAAGCCAACACCAAAACCAUCACUACCACCGCUGAGAUUGCCCAGGUCGCAACCAUCUCCGCUAACGGUGACGAGCAUGUCGGUGGGUUGAUUGCACAGGCGAUGGAGAGAGUAGGAAAGGAGGGUGUCAUUACCGUAAAAGAGGGUCGGACGAUCGACGAUGAGAUUGAGGUGACGGAGGGCAUGCGCUUUGACCGCGGUUACAUCUCUCCGUACUUCAUCACAGACGUCAAGACUCAAAAAGUCGAGUUCGAAAAGCCCUUCAUUCUCCUGUCAGAGAAGAAGAUCUCCCUGCUGCAGGACAUCCUCCCAUCACUUGAAACUGCUGCCGCCGCUCGCAGACCCUUGGUCAUCAUCGCAGAGGAUGUAGACGGCGAAGCACUUGCAGCCUGUAUUCUUAACAAGCUCCGCGGCCAACUCCAGGUCGUAGCCGUGAAAGCUCCGGGCUUCGGGGACAACCGCAAGAGCAUCCUUGGUGAUCUCGCUAUCCUCACCGGCGGCACAGUUUUCACCGACGAACUGGAUAUCAAGCUCGAGCGCGCAACGGCUGACCUCCUUGGCAGCACUGGCAGUAUCACCGUGACCAAGGAGGACACUAUUGUCCUCAACGGUGCCGGCUCUAAGGACGCCAUCUCCGCACGCUGCGAGCAGAUCCGCGCACUCCUGAACGACCCCACCACCUCCGAGUUCGACAAGACGAAGCUCCAGGAACGUCUCGCGAAGCUCUCGGGAGGUGUCGCCGUCAUCAAGGUCGGUGGCUCUUCCGAAGUCGAGGUCGGGGAGAAGAAGGACCGUUACGACGAUGCCCUCAACGCAACGCGCGCAGCCGUCGAGGAGGGUAUCCUCCCAGGUGGUGGUGUCGCACUGCUCAAAGCUAGCCUUGCCCUCAAGACCGCUGCACCCGGUGAACCCGCCUCCUCCGACCCCGACGUCAUCCCAACCGCCAACUUCGACCAAGGCCUCGGCGUGAGUAUCAUCCGUCGUGCAUUGCAACAACCCGCACGCACCAUCCUCACCAACGCCGGCGAGGAAGCAAGUGUUAUUGUCGGCACGCUUAUCAACUCGUCCAACACAUUCGCUUACGGUUAUGACGCGUCCAAGGGCGAAUACACCGACAUGAUCGCGCGUGGUAUCGUCGACCCGCUUAAGGUCGUGCGGACCGCACUCGUGGAUGCUGCAGGUGUUGCAAGCUUGUUGACGACGAGCGAGUGCUGCGUUGUAGAUGGCGAGGAGGAGAAACCUGCUGGUGGUAUGGGUGGUGGCAUGGGCGGAAUGGGAGGUAUGGGCGGCAUGGGAAUGGGCGGGUUCUAAGGGCUUGCACGAGUUGACGUUGCCUCACCUGCGACUUUGAGAUGCGCGGGGAAAGUAAUUUUUAUCCAUCAUCUCAGUCGACCUCAUUUAUGCUCAUUUAUUACUUUGCUCUGUUGCACGCCAUCACGUCCCCCUCACCUUCAUCAUGCACUUCACGUACUUGUAUCCCCCACACUAGUUUUAACUACUUACUUGCAUGGAAUCAAACACCACUCAGUCUUCGUGUCGUGUGCAUGUGGUCGAUGGUUUCUGGCAUGGGUGUGCCCUA